AGCCCACUCGUGUGGAUGGAGAGGCGCGAGGAGGUUGAUCCGGACCGCGAGCCUCUUGAACAACAAGUUGACCGAUUUUGAAUUCCUCCUGGCACGAGACCGCGUCUCACCUGCUGACGUCACCGGAUUUAUCGUUUUUUUAAUGGAAUUCAGUUUUUUUCAAGAACGGUUCAGUAAAACGGGAAUUAACGUGAUUUUUUUAUGUUUUUUCUGCCUAAAAUGAAAAUCAAGUGAACGGACCGAGCUGCGCCGCCGACGUUACGUUUAAAGAUCAAAAGACACCGCGUGCACCUCCCCCCCCCCCCCCCACCAGCCGCCUGGUUGUUGUUGUUCUCGCGCACCCCCGUGGCACCGCGCGGCACCCUGAUGGUGCUCGCGGUUCACGCACGGUGUCUCGAGCGGCAGCUUGGACCCGCCACGCGGAGAUGAAGAUGAGAUGAACAUGGUGAAGAUGAUGAUGAUGAUGGCACGCGGUUAAUCACGUGCCGUUUCUCCGGUGGAAUACCUCGCGUGACGAUGACCUCCAGCCGCGCGCUUUCGCCCCGCGCCGCGCCCCCGGUUCGAUGCGCGCGGUGAGGAUAUCUCUGAGAUAACUCACGCCCGGUAGACGGGGAGGGCGUGGGGGGGAACCGACACAAACCGACAGAGACAAGCACGCGCCGACGGCACGCGGCCAUGGAGCUGUCCGAGGUGCGCUGCUCCAGCGCGAGCGAGGAGCUUUACACCGUCGGCAGCGCGCGACCCAAACGGCUGCUGUGGCAGCACGCCGUGCGGCACAUAACCGAGCAGCGGUUCAUUCACGAGCAGGGCGGCGGGGGGGCGGGGGAGGGCGGACCGGACGAGCCCGACGACCCGGACCGGGACGCGCGGAAGCAGUCCGCGGGGCGCGCGUCCGUGGGAGACCGGCACAACAACGGCGGCACCAAGGUGUUCCCGGAGCGCGCCAGCAGCGACCUGGGCUUCCUGCAGAUCGACUGCGCGCCGAGCGACUCCGACUUCUUCCUGAACCGGGGCCACACGUACCGGGGGGUCAUCUUCCCCACGCUGCGCAACGCCUUCAAGUCCCGCGACCUGGAGCGGCUCUACCAGCGCUACUUCCUGGGCCAGAGGCGCAAGUCCGUGGUGGUGAUGAACCUGCUGGACGUGGUGACCAAGAUCACCCUGCUGGUGCUGCACCUCACCCUGGCCUCCUCCCCGAUGGACCCCGUCAAGGGGACGCUGCUGGGCUUCUUCACGUGCGUCGAGGUGAUCAUCUGUGCCUUGGUCGUGGUGCGGAAGGACACCACGUCGCACAGCUACCUGCAGUACAGCGGCGUGGUCACCUGGGUGGCCAUGGCCACGCAGAUCCUGGCGGCCGGGCUGGGCUACGGGCUGCUGGGGGACGGGGUGGGCUACGUGCUCUUCACGCUGUUCGCCACCUACAGCAUGCUGCCGCUGCCGCUCACCUGGGCCAUCCUGGCCGGCCUGUUCACCUCGGGGCUCCACAUCCUGGUCCAGAUGGUCAUCUCCCGGAACACUCAGCUCUUCACCAACCAGGUCGCGGCUCAGGCUGUGCUGUUCAUGUGCAUGAACACCGCCGGGAUUUUCAUCAGCUACCUGUCGGACCGCGCUCAGCGCCAGGCCUUCCUGGAGACGCGGCGCUGCAUCGAGGCCCGGCUGCGCCUGGAGACGGAGAACCAGAGACAGGAGAGACUGGUGCUGUCAGUCCUGCCUCGUUUUGUAGUUUUAGAAAUGAUCAACGACAUGACAAAUGUAGAGGACGAACACCUCCAGCAUCAGUUCCACAGGAUCUACAUCCACCGCUACGAGAAUGUCAGCAUUCUUUUCGCAGAUGUCAAAGGCUUCACCAACCUGUCCACCACGCUGUCGGCUCAGGAGCUCGUGAGGAUGCUCAACGAACUCUUCGCUCGCUUCGACCGCCUCGCUCACGAGAACCACUGCCUGCGGAUUAAGAUCCUGGGGGACUGCUACUACUGCGUGUCGGGUCUGCCCGAGCCGCGCCAGGACCACGCCCACUGCUGCGUGGAGAUGGGCCUGAGCAUGAUCAAGACCAUCAGAUAUGUGAGAUCACGCACGAAACACGACAUCGACAUGCGCAUCGGGAUCCACUCCGGCUCCGUGCUCUGCGGCGUCCUGGGACUCCGCAAGUGGCAGUUUGACGUCUGGUCCUGGGACGUGGACAUCGCCAACAAGCUGGAGUCAGGAGGGAUCCCAGGGAGGAUUCACAUCUCCAAAGCCGCCCUGGACUGCCUGAACGGCGACUACGAGGUGGAGGAGGGCCACGGCAAGGACCGCAACGACUUCCUCCGCCGCCACAACAUCGAGACCUUCCUGAUCAAGCAGCCGGAGGAGAGCACGCUCAGCCUGCCCGAGGACAUCAUGAAGGACUCGGCCAGCUCGGCCGACCACCGGGCCAGCAGCACCACCUUCAACGAGGCGUCCUGGAGCCCGGAGCUGCCCUUCGACAACAUCGUGGGGAAGCAGAACAUUCUGGCUGCCUUAACGAGAAAUUCAAUAAAUCUGCUUCCAAACCACCUCGCACGAGCUUUGCAUGUCCAGUCGGGUCCCGAGGACGUAAACGAGCGAAUAGAGCGCGCCAUCGACUUACGGAGUGGCGAUAAGUUGAGAGGAGAGCAUAUGAAGCCUUUCUCUCUGAUGUUUAAAGACUCCGGCCUGGAAGAGAAGUAUUCCCAGAUGAGGGACGAGGUCUUCAAGUCCAACCUGGUGUGCGCCUUCAUCGUGCUCAUCUUCAUCACCACCAUCCAGAGCCUGCUUCCGUCCGCCAGGAUGGUAACCAUGGCGAUCCAGUUCUCAGUCCUCAUCGUCCUGCACUCCUGCCUGGUCCUGGUUACCACGGCGGAGGACUACAAGUGUCUCCCUCUGGUCCUGCGCAAAGCCUGCUGCUGGAUCAAUGAGACCUACGCAGCCAGGAACGGCAUCAUCUUCGUCUCCAUCCUCAUCAACUUCCUGGCGGCAAUGAUCAAUAUACUGUGGUGCGACUUCGACAAGUCCGGCAGCUUCAGGAACCAGACGUACAACGAGUCGGCCUCCGUCCCCGACAUCUGCUUCUACCCCGAGUACUUUGUGUUCACGGGGGUCCUGGCCAUGGUGACGUGUGCCGUGUUCCUGCGGCUCAACUCGGUGUUGAAGCUGGCGGUGCUGCUGGUGAUGAUCGCCAUCUACUCCCUGCUGACGGAGGCCUUCUACACCUCCCUGUUCGUCCGCUACGACGCCGUCCACCACAACACGGAAAACUUCCUGGGGACCAAGGAGACGUCUCUGCUCCUGAUGGCCAUGUUCCUCCUCGCUGUGUUCUACCACGGCCAGCAGCUGGAGUACACGGCGCGUCUGGACUUCCUGUGGCGCGUCCAGGCCAAGGAGGAGAUCAACGAGAUGAAGGAGCUGCGAGAACACAACGAGAACAUGCUGAGGAACAUCCUGCCCAGCCACGUGGCCCGACACUUCCUGGAGAAGGACCGGGACAACGAGGAGCUGUACUCCCAGUCCUACGACUCGGUGGGCGUGAUGUUCGCCUCCAUCCCGGGAUUCGCUGACUUCUACUCGCAGACGGAGAUGAACAACCAGGGGGUCGAGUGCCUCCGGCUGCUCAACGAGAUCAUCGCCGACUUCGACGAGCUACUGGGGGAGGAUCGCUUCCAGGACAUCGAGAAGAUCAAAACCAUCGGCAGCACCUACAUGGCGGUCUCCGGCCUGUCCCCCGAGAAACAGCAGUGUGAAGACAAGUGGGGUCACCUGUGUGCGCUGGCUGACUUCGCCAUCGCCCUCAACGAGAGCAUCCAGGAGAUCAACAAGCACUCGUUCAACAAUUUCCAGCUAAGGAUUGGUAUGGCCCACGGCUCGGUGGUGGCGGGCGUGAUCGGCGCCAAGAAGCCUCAGUACGACAUCUGGGGGAAGACGGUGAACCUGGCCAGCCGGAUGGACAGCACGGGCGUCAGCGGCCACAUCCAGGUCCCCGAGGACACCUUCCUGAUCCUGAAGGAGCGCGGCUUCGCCUUCGAGUACCGCGGCGAGAUCUACGUCAAGGGCAUCAGCGAGCAGGAGGGCAAGAUCCGCACGCACUUCCUGCUGGGCCGCGUGCAGCCCAACCCGCUCAUCAUGCAGCCGCGCAAGAUCACGGGCCAGUACUCGCUGGCCGCCGUGGUGCUGGGCCUCGUGCAGUCGCUCAACCGCCAGAAGCAGAAGCAGAUCCUCAACGAGAACAACAACUCGGGCAUCAUGAAGGGCCACCACCACUACAACCGCAGGACGCUGUUAGCGCCCGGCAGCUCCGAGGUGGGGGCGGGGCACCACGCAGAGGCGGCCGACAAGGCCGAGCUGACCUGAGGGGGCGGGGCCCGGGGGAGGAGGAGGAGCUUCUGCUCUUCGGAGGCGGAACGCAGGUCCCGGCGGUUGAGUUAUAAACAGAGGAAGUUCUUUAGGAGUCCCGGCGCCCGGUUCUGGACCUUCAGUAGAUCUGGUCCUGUUCACACAGGACGCCGUGUUCCUCCAGCACGGGGGAGAUGGAGACGCUCGCCGCUCCUCGUGGGGGGGGCUGGUUAUCACUUCUACAGGUUUUCAUGGACCCUUUCCGACGGGGGCGAACCAGCGAAUCAAAAGGCAGGAGAAAGGUGAAACAACGGAGCGGUCCGGCAGCAAGGGGGCGGGGCUUGGUUCGGCCUCGGCUGAUGAGUCACAGACAGAUGAACGCCUGGUCACAGGAUAUCCAUUUGAUUUUUAUCUACUUUGACAUUUUGUUCAGAGCUCAGCGAGCCCGCCGCCUCGCCACGGACCGACCUCAUUUGCAUAAAGGGAGGUAGAGCCUCAUUUGCAUAAAGGGAGGUAGAGUCGUCAUUAUGCAAAUUAAGAUGCAAGAGCUUUGCCUCUUUGUUUAAAAACAAAGAAAACCGACAACAGGGCGAUUUGCGUCGUCAUGUUUACAGUCCUUCAAUCAAACAUACGACAUAAAUGAUUCAUUUAUGAGAGUAAUGACUACUGGUAAUAAGUGGAUACUUUAUAACAACAGUAACAUUCUAAUAUUAAUAAGUGGAUACUUUAUAACAACAGUAACAGUCUAAUAUUAAUAAGUGGAUACUUUAUAACAAGAGUAACAGUUUGAUAAUAAUACGUGGAUACUUUAUAACAACGUAACAGUCUAUAAUAAUAAGUGGAUACUUUAUAACAACAGUAACAGUUUGAUAAUAAUAAGUGGAUACUUUAUAACAACAGUAACAGUCUAUAAUAAUAAGUGGAUACUUUAUAACAACAGUAACAGUCUAUAAUAAUACGUGGAUACUUUAUAACAAGAGUAACAGUUUGAUAAUAAUAAGUGGAUACUUUAUAACAACGUAACAGUCUAUAAUAAUAAGUGGAUACUUUAUAACAACAGUAACAGUCUAUAAUAAUAAGUGGAUACUUUAUAAAAACAAUAACAAUCAGACCUGAAUGUAAACAGAGGCAUUAGCGCGUUAGCUCCAUAGCUAACUCGCUCAGGUGAGCAAAACGAACCCGCCCACAUUCGAUCAUCGCAAAGGUCACGUGAGACGGGAAGAGGAGAAUAUGUGAGGGGAGGGCUUCUGAGGCUCCUCCCACUCAGGUUUAACUCAACCAAUGAGAUUGUUUCUGUCCUCCUGCAAACCGCUCCGCCAACGAUGAAUGUGCGAAGAACUGAAACUGGAGGAGGAGGAGGAUGAAGAGGAGGGGGUGCGGUUAGAGAGAGGAGGGGGGACAGGACUACCCCCCCCCCCCCAUGCUCCUCCAGUCGCUCCCUUUUUAUGUCGCCCCGACCCAAAACCCUGACCCCGUCCCGCUCUGACCCCCGUGUCCAUGUUUCUUUUUUUGUAUUUCUUUUAUAUAUGAGAACACAAUAAAAAGGGGUCUCAUUUUUAUACAAGCCUCGUGUCUAGUUGCCUUCAUUCAUCGUCUUCAUCGCUUUACCUCAAAUGUCUGUAUGUGUUCUAAAUAUUAUUCAUGCUUCUCAAAUAUUGUGCACCGCGUUCUGGGACAAAAGGAGAGAAGAUCCCAUUUUCAUAAUUAAUAUUAUGAAUAUGUCACAGCUUAAUUUAUAAACUUUUUUUUUAUUACAGAAAAUACAGGAAAAUAUCUGUAAAAUGAAAUCAAAAAUUCAGAUUCAGGACUUCAUAGAAGGCAACGUGGGCGAAUCAAAGGGUUACAGGUAGAAGAUGGGAUGAAGAUGAGUAUGAUGAAGAUACUGAUCAGAUUCAGACCUGAUCAUCGGAACGCAGCUGGUCUUUGAGGUCUUGAAGCCUUUCUGUAGAAGAAGGUGGUGUUAGUGUUGGAUGAGAGAAGAACAUCCUUCAGUGAGCUCUUUAGAGCCAAAAGGAGUGUGAAUUUAAAUAAAGGACACCGAGGAGAAGUCCAGAAGCUCAGCGAGCCGUCAGGUGGAGGAGACAGAAGAUGUUCUCAAUGAACUCAUGAACACAAGCAGGUGAAACCAGGGGAAACGAGCAGAUCAGAGCAUUUCAAUUCUUUUUUUAAAUGCUGCUUGAAAAGUAAUGACAAUGUUCCAUUAAAGAUCUUAAAUUAAGCUGAAGUCUGAAAUGUAUUCUGUUCAAUAAUCAGAGAGAAUAAUCUGUUAUCAGAGAGAAAAGAAAAAGUAAUAACAUGCAAUGUUUAUCUGUUGAUCUUUUAAUAUAAUUUCUAUUUGUUUGUAUAUCAUGUUUCCUUUCAUAUAUUCACGAGUACUUUUGUAAAUGUGAAAACGACCUCGUGCAACGCACACAAUCGCCCGCCAGGGGGCAGCAGAGGCUCAGCUGAUGGCCCUGUCUGCUGUCAUGGUUACGUGACCUCUGACCCCCUCACCCUGAGCCCCUCAGCUGGUAGAGGGGUUUCUGCCGUGGGGGGGGUCACGUGCACGUGCAUGUAUUUGAUGAGAUGUGAUUGUUUAAGAGCGUGUGUAAUAAAUAACAACAUGAAACUGAAAGUGUCCCAUGAAUAAAGUCAUGUCUUCUUACGUCUCUUCUGGUCAUGUGAUGCUCAGGAUGUCUGUGAGGACUGAAGGAAUCUCCACACCAAGCGUUGUUUUACCUCCUGAGUUAAACAAGAUGCUUCAUGAGGAGACACUAAAAGCUGGAGAUUUAUACCAGAUGCUAUUGUGUCAGGUGCUUUCUGAUUGGCUGGCUCCUCCCACCUUGGUAACUGAUUGGCCUCACCUGUCGGAGAGCUCCCCCUCUUUGUGUUCACUUAAUGAACCCUUUGUGUUAUUAACGAUGUAGAGAUGUUCAUCAUAAAGAUCAGAAAAGAACACACAAAACUGAGAAUAAAAAGCUCUUCAUUCAAAAUAGAAGUGAGGAUUUUCGGAAGAGAAAAGGUC